CAUAUAAACAACACCUGAUCCAAGAGGAUCUGAAUAAAACACAGAUUGUGUCCACUAUUAGGAAAGCUUCUGUCCACUCUCUUUCAUCCAUCAUCAUUGUCAUCAUGACCUCCAGCAUCUCAGUGCAUACACACUCUGCAGUGCGCCAGCCUUCUUUCUCAAGCUCCUCUUUACGAGAGGGAGGCAUUCGGAGCCGAUCUAAAGCCCCUGUACUAUCUUCAGCGAGCACGCUCUCGCGCUCCCGUUCCAUGUCUGUAGGUAAUGGUCUCAACAGCCUGAGCAACCUCUCUCUGAAUGGGACCAAUGAGAAAGAGACGAUGCAGGGUCUCAAUGAUCGACUGGCCAGCUAUCUCGGCAAGGUGCGGUCACUGGAGAAGUCCAAUGCUGACCUGGAGCUGAAGAUCAAGCAGCAUAUGCUGGAGAGGAUGCCUAAAGGUCAUGACAUACAAGGCAUGAUGGCUCAGGCUCAUGCUAUUGAGCAGGAGGUAAGGAAAAAGACACUGGAGAAUGCUCACAUUAUGCUGGAAAUUGACAAUGCCAAGCUGGCUGCAGAUGACUUCCGGAUUAAAUGGGAAUCAGAGGCUGCUCUGUGUCAGUCAGUGGAGAGGGACUGUGUUGCUCUUCGUAGAGCUAAACAAGAGCAUGACCAAAUCAUCACAACCCUCCGAGGAGACCUGGAGAGUCUAAAAGAGGAGUUGUACUUCCUGAAGAAGAACCAUGAAGAAGACAUGAGCACACUGAAGGCCCAUUUGGCCAAUAAGCAGGUGAAUGUAGAGGUGGAUGCAGCACAGGGACCAGACUUAGGAGCCGUCAUGGCUGAACUGAGGGUUCAGUAUGAGGGUAUCACUCGCAAAAACAAGGAAGAUGCUGAAAUGUGGUACCUAAAGAAGCUGGAGAUGGUGCAGUCGGAGGUGAAGGAAAGUAAUGAAGCUCUACGAUGUGCUCAGAAUGAGCUCAAUGAGAGACAUCGCUUCCUGCAGGGGCUUGAGGUGGAGCUGGGAAGCCUGCGCAAACAGGUUAAUGUUCUGGAGGGAAACCUUGGAGAUACAAGUCAUAAAUACACCCUUGAGAUGGAACACAUACAGGGAACAUUGACACAACUAGAAGAGGAACUCUCACAACUACGUCUGGACAUGCAGCGCACCAAAACCGACUACGAACAGCUACUGCGGGUCAAGCAGAACCUGGAGCUAGAGAUCGCCACCUACAGAAAACUGCUGGAGGGAGAGGAGGUGGUAAAAGAGACUCCAGCACCUAAAAAAGAACCUGAGGUAAAGACACGCAAGAUUGUAAAGGUAGUCACCCAGACAAUGGUCAAUGGUAAAGUGGUGGAUGAAUCAAGCGAGGUGGAGCAGUUUGAGGAGCGCAAGAAGUGAAUCUUACUUCUGUAGCAUUCAUCAUCAUUACUGCACCAUCAUUAUAGUGAGUCUUCCCAAAACAUAUCUGCAUGGCAAUAAACAAUGCAUGAAAAAAAUACACUUGUCAUAUUAAUCACUCCUAGCCAAUGUUUCUGAAUAUGAUUUGGAUUUGUAACACUAACUCUGGACUUCUAAACACAUGAGCUGAAGUGUACAACAAUGGAUACUGUGGUUAACUCUGGUCCAGGCCAAUAUUUGUGUAGC